CGCGGAUACGACGUGGGUGCGCGAUCUCUGAAACCAGCAGCACUAACGGAAGUUAUAUAAAAUUCAAUCGAAACCACUUGCAGUAGGCCUAUCAUCGGUUGAUAAUCUUAAAAAACAGUUUGAAAUUCUCACAGAUAUUUCCUGACACGCUACCGUAAUUCAACCAACGAAAACCUUCAGAGUUCUAUCAACAGCGGUCAUAAUCAAUAAUGAUGUUUCCUUAUGGACCGUUGUUUGCGCUGCUAAGCGUGAUCUACACCUCUACGGUAGACAGUGCAUUUGUUCUGAAUCCAAUCUCUACAGUGUAUUUACCAUACGAUAUAAACCUCUUUGGGUUCGACAAGAGAGCUGUUGAGGUUAGUGCAUUCGACCCCAAAACGAGUUACGUUUAUACAGUGGGUGAUAAAUUGCUACAAGUUAUCGACUUUUCCAUCCCCUCAACGCCAACUAUUGAGCCUAUUUACCAAACUUCCAUUCCGGGCGAUGGCAAACACGUUGAAUUGUGCAAUGACUUUGUAGCAGUUGCUAUGGGCAGCGCCAGUAAUUCUGUGUCUCCGGGAACUGUCUCUAUAUUUGGAACUUAUAAAAAUGGUGUUAUAGACAAGUUUCAAGAUAUAAAAGGUUUGCUAUUAAUUACGUCACUGGCUGCAUAAUGA